UUAAUCAAAAUUACAUAAAUAUAUAUAUAAUUAAUAAGUAAAUUCGAGUUUUAUCAUUCAUAAACGAUGGCUUAAAAUUAAAAUAGUGAUUCAUUUGAAUAAGAAAGUGAUUUUGAGGAUUUUAUAAAAACAAAUAAAAACUUUUAAUCUUAUUUAAGUGAUCUUCCUGCUUCCAAAAAUAUGACUUAAAGCCAUUCUCUAGAAAAAUAAAUUCCAAAUAAUAGAUUCAUUAGAGGCAACAAAGUUGUAGUAGUAUCAAAUGGAUAUAGAAGAGAAAGAGAUCUUUAAAAGUUUUAAAUUCACAAAUAGAAUGAUUAGUAUCUUUAGGAAAAGGGUAUCUCAGAAUUAGAAACACAAACUUCUUCUGUAAAUAUUACACCUAAGUAGUAAAUCAAUAAAAUAGCUUAAAAAAUCUUCAGAAAAGGUUUUUAGACAUUUCUAUAACCUAAAGAAAUACCUUUUAGCAUAAAUUAGAGUUAAUAGUAAUAAAAUCUUUACUAUGUUGGUGGCUUGAAUAAUUUUGUAUAAUCUCCUAGACAGUUUUAAGCGAUUCAAUCUGAAAGCAAGGCAUAAUAAUAAUUGUAAUAAUAAAAACAAAUUUUGUAAAACAAUAACUCAAAAAUGAAAAUCAAAGAUAAAUAAAAUCUGUAAUCUUAGGAUCAAUUAUGUAAUAUUUCUCACUUUAAAAUUAUAAAACGGGAAUAAAGUCAUCCUGACCUUGCAAUAAUCUCCAGGAAAAAUAGUAGAAUGUAUUUUGAAAAAGAUUUCAAUAGCUUGUAGUAAUAAACUGAAAGCUCAGAAUAGUAUAAUUAAUUUUUGACCAAAUCUUAAUGCGAUGUAUCAAAUUAAUUAAAUUAAUAACCACUUACUUCAUCAAGUCUAUUAUCUUUGUAAAAUUUGAGUAACAUUUAAACUCCAGUGUUUAAAAUGAAUGUGAAUCCAGUGACUUAAUAAAUUGAAAUACAAGGUUAGAAGUACUUGAAAAAAGGCUAAUCUAAAGAAAACAAAUUAAUUCAAAAUGAAAACUUGGUCAUGAAAAAUGAAAUUUUAGCAUCAAAAUUAUCUUCUUUGUAGAAUUUAAAAGAUAAAACAAAUAUUAACAAAAUAAAUAUAGUAAAAAUAAUUUAAAAAUAAAAUAAAUAACUAUAAAAAAGAAAUUAGUUGUAAAAACAAUAAUAAAUUUAAGAUUAAAAUAAGGUAAAUAUCCUUUAAGAAAAAGAAUAAGAAGAAAAUUCAAAAAAAUACUUUGAAAUAAUACAAAAAUAAUUUUUAGAUAUCGAAACGUUUUAGAAUGAUUAAAAUACUUAAACAUCUCUUAAUGAAGAGAUAAGAUUGAAUGAUUGUGAAUAAGAAAAUGAAAUACCAAACUUUUUAAGCUUAAACUCCUUAAAAAGCAAUAUUUGCAAUUAAUAAGAUAAAGUAAAUUCAUUAAAAUUCCUAUCAAAGAAUGAAAUUUCUAGUCAAUUAAUUAAAACAAGCAAUGAAGAUUAAUUAUCUAGUUUUAAUUAAAUACCUCAUUCACUUAACUAAAUAAGCGAAACUUGUAAUUAGUAUAUUGACUAAUCGCUAAAUAGUUUAUAAAUGAGUUAUUUAUAAAAAAGAACUAGUUUUAAUGAGAGUUCUUAAUAAAGCUAAACUCCAAGAACUAGAUCUAGUUUUGAUCAUAUUAGACAAAUAAAAAAAUAAAGUGAUAACAGGCCUUCAGAAAAAUUUACAUUAAUGCUUCAAAUUAGCAAGUAGAAUGUUUAACAAAAUAUCCACUAAAAAUUUGAUUUAUAUAAAAACAAAUAGAAAAAUUUACUUUUGGAAAAAUACAAUUUCGAUACUUACAGAUUUAAACAAAUACAAACAAAAAUUAAACAAACUCAGAGUCGUUUAUAUAACAAUAACUUAAUUUGA